UGUGGAGGCUGAUUUAUCAUCCACCCAGCCAGCACAGGAGAAGCAGAGACGGAGGACGGGCUUGCGGAGAGAGAAAGAGAUAGAGAGAAAGAAAGACUGACUAGUGCAAAAGAAUCUCAUCACCUGUAUCCUGCUCUGUAUCCCUGCCUGGCAAAAAUGAACCACAGCCCUGGUGAAAAAGAGCCUGAGACCACAGAGCCAAUGCGCUACCUCAGUAAAACAGAGAUGGCCGCCAUUGAAACAGAGCUACUCACAGACUAUCGUUUUGGACAGCAGCAGCUCAUUGAGAUUUGGGGUCAUGCCUGUGCCGUUGCCAUCACCAAGGCCUAUCCUCUAAGCUCUCUGACCAAGAAACAACCUACGGUCUUGGUUGUUUGUGGGCCAGAGCAAAAUGGUGCCAUUGGCUUGGUUUGUGCUCGUCACCUGCGCAUAUUUGAAUAUGAGCCCACAAUCUUUUAUCCCAAACGCUCUCCUGAUAACUUACAUCAGGACUUUACCAUUCAGUGUGAGAAGAUGGACAUUCCUUUCCUUUCUUAUCUUCCAACCGAGGUCCAGCUCAUAAACGAUGCCUAUAAUCUAGUGAUUGAUGCUAUUGUUGGGCCAGAAAUAGAUCUUAAAGAUGUAAGAGAGCCCUACUCUGGAAUAUUGGUGACCCUCAAACAGGUGAAGAUCCCCAUUGCCAGUGUGGACGUGCCCUCAGGCUGGGAUGUAGAUGAAGCGAGUAAAGAUGGGAUCAAUCCAGAGGUUCUCAUCUCUCUGACGGUCCCCAAAAAGUGCGCCACAAGUUUCUCGGGGAAGCAUUUUCUAGCCGGACGUUUUCUUCCGUAUGACAUGCAGAAAAAAUAUGAACUCAAUCUGCCUGAAUUUCCAGGGACCGACUGUUUUAUAGAACUGUAACACUGGCACCACUAAAAACAUAUUUUGGAGAUGUAUGAAUUAUAUAAACACAUUCACAUUUUGUACUUUAUAGGUUGUUACUGUGGUAAAUUGUCUAGAAGUUUGUGCACAGAGACUGUUGUGGUGACUGGAUAUGAUGUGGGUAUGUGCUUAGGUAAAAGUGCUUAGCUAAAGUUAUUAUUAUUAUUAUUAUUAUUAUUAUUAUUUUGGUUUGCUUGAAAAUAAAGAUUCUAUUCUGUAUUUUUUUUGUUUAUAUAUUUAUGCAAUUUCACAUGAUAGAAAUUUUUCUGACUGUUCUGACAAUUGGUCAAAGCUUUUUCCCUUCAUUAAAUUCCCUCCUUAAAUUUUACGGUUAAAAAACCUGCAAUAUUCUUUACUAUUAGAGUUGGUCUUAGACAGUACCACUGGUGAAUGCAUUAAAUGAUUCUAUGUAACAGAUACAAUUAUAUUGUAUUUCUGCUGCCAUUUUUAUCUUAUAUUUAUAUGUACUUCUUUUUUUUAAAGACACUUUUUAAAUAGCACAAGGUUGCCCAAAACACAAACCUUUCAUAUGGUUAAACAGUGAAUAGAUUGGUAUAUAGUUUCUUAGCUUAAAUAGGUUGUGUUUAACACCAGUUUAGAUCUCGAAUUCAAAUAAAUUCUCUUUGAACCUG